AUGUUGCAUUUUGUGAUUUCCGCAGACUCGAGCAUUGUUAUGGCAGAGCAGAGUAGCCGCGAUGUGGUAGAUCAGACCCUGUCGGGCGGCGAGCCUUCGCCAUCCGACGUUCCUGCGAGCACAACCGACAAGACUCCUGCUGGAGAGGACGCGGGGGAGACAAAACAUAUCGCACCCACUUCUGAAACCCAAAUAAUAUCUGAACAACAAUCCAACGACGUGACGAGAGAUACACCUGAAUCUCAAGGCAAGCGGACUGGAGGUGACAAGGAUACCGGGAGCUCUUCGAUGGAUGCUUCAAAGCAAGGUGUUGGACUAGUUGCGUCCAGAGCUCUUGAGUUGAAUGGACUAGGGUCGGCAUCGGACGGCGGAGACGAUACGGCUUCUCAAGGUGGUUCGGAAUCAGAUACCAGUCGGACAGAUGGCAGACAUCACACGCGAACAGGAUCGGUGAAGAAGCCUUCGACUUUCAAGCCAAUGUCUUUCACGAAGUUCACUGUGCCAAAAGCGCCGGGGGUCCCUGCCCCUCCCAAAGCGCCUGAAAAAGUUCCAUCUGCCUCCACUACUCCCCUCGGAACACCACAGCCUAGUUCACGCCCACGCUUAGUUGCGAAGACUACCAGCGGUAUGCGCGAUUCGAUCUCCAAGACUGGAGCAGGUGGUGCGAAGCCAGGCGGGUCGGGCCCAGACCCCAAUCAAGUCUGGAAUAAGAACCGACCUGUUCAGCCGCCGCCACAAAAGCACUUGACGGACGAAGAAUUGAAACAACAAUAUGGUAUUCAUAUGACAUCCAGAAUCCAAGAGGAUUCUGGUGGGACUGAAUCGAAAUGGGCGGAUAUCGAUGAUGAUGAAGAUGACUGGGCGCCCGAGACAAUUGAAUGGACAGACGGAACAAAAGUCACACUUACCCAUACCGAUCAUCCGCCGCCGUCAGAGGAAAGCGCCCCAGUGCCCAAGGAAGCGCCGCCGCCGGAGCAUACAGUAGCGCAAGAGGCCCCGAGAAUAGCUGCGCCGAAGCCAACCACCUCUGUGGGACCAAAUCCAACGGUACUUCGGCUCGGAGCUAGCGCUGAGCGGCAGGCCAAGGCCGCAAGCAUUUCAUCUAGAGGAACGAAUGACCGAAUGGCGUCGGGCUCGACGAGUCCUGCACCUCUGCCGGCUAAGUCCCCUUGGGCAGCGCUGCCUCCUGUGGAAAGAGUAUCUCCAGUCAACCCGCCUUUGCAACCGCCCCCUCCAGCGUCGCAGCCCCGCGGCCUCGCCAAUUAUCCCCACCGAGAAGAUGGUCACCAUGCCGGAUUUCCUCCCCAGGAAAUUGCAGCCGAUGAUUUCAAUCGCACUUGGCGAGAAACGACUUCGGGGGCCCCUCGAGAACUGUACAACUCUCGAUCUGGUCGAUAUGAGCCUGUGGCAGAUAAUAGAAGACCUUCUUGGCGGCAGGAUCAGGGCCCUCGGCCCCCUGCAGUGCUCCAGCGGCCUAGCCAUGGCGAACAUGGUGGGCCUGCGGAACCAUCGGCGGCAUUCCAGACACAUCGAUCAAGUCACCAGGAAGGUAUGGGUUGGAACCGUCGUCGCACAUCGUCUAAUGUGAGUGGUGGAAGUGGAAGCUUUGGUCGUCGUUUGUCCUUCGGUCGAGAUGCGCCCCCCCCACGAUACAAUGAUGCUCGGAGAGGCUCUCAUGCAAAUGGCAUGGUUGACCCAGCGCUAUCGGGUCGUGAGCACGGGCUCGUCCGUGAACCUUCUCCAAAUCGUCAGCAUACCGAAGCAGAAUUGCCCGCACCGCCAUCAGUGAGUAUGGGUAGCGAAUCUUCACCAGUGGAGAAACAGCCAGCUCCGGUUGUAGCACCGGAAGUGCCGCAGGAAGAUCCCCUUGUUCUACAAGAGCGUAUUAUGAAGGAGAAGCGAUUGGAGGCUAGACAGCGCCGACUAGAACAAGAGGAGCAGGAAAAGCAAGCUAGGGAAGAGAGAAUUCGUCAGAAGCUUGCAGCAUUGGGACCUCCCCCAGAUAAGAAACGCAAGGAUAGCAUCGAGAGCCGCAAGCCUCAGGCGCCAGUGUCAAACACGUCUCCUACUGCAGUGAUAUCUUCACCUCCCAAGCCCCCUGUGCCGGAACCUACGGGGGAACCUAAGCAGUAUGGGAUGAUGAAAGUUCACCAUCCGGAUUCAGUGAAGAAACUUGUCGCAGCUAAUGAAAGGGAACGUGCUGCUGAAAAGCAGGGCGAGAAAACUUCACCUCACUUGCGUCGUGCUACUACUUCCCCCCACCACGAUUCCUCACAACCUCCUACUGCCCCUCCCUCCAUCCAUCAUCCACCCACUGAGCCUCGCUCUCAAGAUCCCAAAGUUGAUGAGCAAGACGGCCAGCGGCGAGGGAAUCUGAACGUUUCCAAUUCCUACGCUCCUUGGUCGACUGGCCCCAACCUUACCUCGACCCCUCCUUCAGUGAAUAACCUAUGGAAACCCUUGAGCAGUGACCGUACCCUUGGAAACGGUAUCUUUGACCCAGGCCUUGGUGGUUUUCCUUCCCGAGAGCUUCCCCUACGCAACCAGCUGAAUCUUGACCAACCCACCAUGCCUUCUGGUCCGUCCUUCACUCCUCAGGAAGCAGCAGCUCCGAUUCCUUCUUUGCCAUCGCCUGAGACUAGACAUGUCUCCUACGACCCACUGAGUCCCAUCGGCCGCCCGGGUCCGAUCGGUCCACCUAGCUCUCAAACCCCUCAGUGGCAGGCUGACCGCGUGAACGCAUGGCAAAACUUUAGUCUCCUUGCUAAGGAACGUGAAGGAGAAGCCGGAGAUAAAUUUCGCCAGCAAUUCAAGGAGACCCAAAAGAGACGACAGGAAGUACAGCACGCCAAUCGUGAUCAGCCUGCCAAGCCACCCUCGACAAUCAACCACCUAUGGAGGAAAGUUGUGAUUGGUGAGGAUGGAGUUAGACGCACGGUCACAGCUGCUACGACGGAUGGCUCUAAGGCACCUGCUCAACCCUCAGUUGAGCCCCCUCUUGAACCUGUCGUUGAGCCUGUCGUAGAGCCUGCCACUCAUGCUCAGUCAUGGAAGCGAGCCCGAGUUGGGGACGACGGUGCUAGGCGCCAUGUCGAUGUCCAUAAUAACCAAACCUCGAAACCCGCUAUGCCACCCUCGAAUCCCUUGAACAGCCUCGAGACCCCUGCAGAUGGCCUCUCGUUCGCGGAUAGCCACGCCCGUCCCCUCACCAAUGUGCCUGCCCGCAGCUCACGUUUCUUCCCCCAUGUAACUGAGCAGCCCAAGCGUAUUCCAGCGGAGCAAGUUGAGGCGCAGCGAAGCCCAUCACCUCCUCCCCCGGAGGAAUAUUCUCACCCAGUGUAUUCUAACGGGCCUGGUCGACCCCUGGUCAAUUUCCCUCCUGCCAAGCCGGUUGUCAAGUUGCCACCCAAGGCCAUGGCUACUUUGCCCGCACCACCACGGACAUUUGCCUCCAUGGCUGCGGCACCCCCGCAGGCUAGCCCUACCCCAGUAACUAAUUCGGCGUCAAUGUCCUGGCAAGAGAAAUUCAACGGUCUUUUUGGAAAGAAGACUUCCCCGGAGAAGAAGAGCGUUUUGGCUGUUGCUUCUGCUACGAAGGAGCCUCUUGAUGUCCAGCUGCCAGCUGCAGCAGUGUCCGUUUCUCUUCCCAGCCAAGUUGAAGUUGAAGUCAGUGUGCAGACUGGUGAUGGAGACCUUGCUGCCCGCCAGGUGGCUGAAGCAGAAGCAAUCUUUGAGGAUCGCGAGCCAGGCUCGCAGCCCGGUGUUCGAGUCCCCAACAUGGCUCCGCCCGCUGCCUGGCAUGCCUCGGGUCCUCCCCCACCCUCUCGAACGCGGUUCAAGCAACUGAAGCCGAUGCAGGUACAAAGCAUUGACAUGUACUGGUUUGGAAGUGGCGAAAGAGAUCAGCACGGAAAUACUCGAGUCUCUAUACGGUUCCCGGGUCAAGAGACCUGCCAGACUGUGCUCAUGCCUCGAAAGCCUGGUCAAAAUCGUCAUCGCAACUCGUCUAACCCGAAGAACGCUCGCAAGGGCCCCAAGCCACGCGAUGCAUCAGGGGGAUCGACCUGGAACAAGAAAUCCUCUUCUUCCCAGCAGAGCAAUGCUCCAACCUCCUCCCCUCGUCACCAGUCGCGCAAUGCAUCAUGGGGUCCCCGAAAUCAGACUGGCUCUUAG